CUCGCUACAAAAGGUGUUUGUUUCGCUGCGACCUACAUUUCCAAGACGUGCCCUUUUUUACACCGGUGGAAGGUGAGCAGUUGGCCAACGCAACAUAGGAUAAAAGUGCAAAACACUGCGGCCAGAAAAACGGGUGUGAUCAGGGUGCGAGAGAUAGCAAAGGCGAAAACAAAACAAACACAGCACACCAUGUGCAGCGGCACCAACGGUUCCGGCGAUGGGCCGGAAGUGCUGUCGGACGAUCCGAGGGAUUACGGAAGCAACAUGAAAAUCCUGGCCUACAACGACCAGAUCAAGGAGCUGCAGACGAUCAUACGCGACAAAAACACCACGCGCAGUGACUUCAAGUUCUACGCCGACCGGCUUAUACGCUUAGUCAUCGAGGAAAGCCUCAACCAGUUGCCAUACUCCGACUGCUCGGUCGUCACACCGACGGGAGCGAUUUACGAUGGGUUGCGGUACCGGUCCGGCAACUGUGGCGUAUCCAUAAUACGGUCCGGUGAGGCGAUGGAACAAGGCCUACGCGACUGUUGCCGGUCGAUACGGAUUGGUAAGAUUCUGGUCGAGUCGGACGCGGAAACGCACGUGGCAAAGGUGGUGUACGCGCGCUUCCCGGACGAUAUCGCGCACCGGCAAGUGUUGCUCAUGUACCCGAUCAUGGCCACCGGCAACACAGUCAUACAGGCUGUGAACGUGCUGAAGGAUCAUGGCGUCAAGGAGGACUCCAUCAUUUUGUCGAACCUGUUCUGCACUCCGGUGGCCGCCCGCAUGGUUGUGACCGCGUUUCCCCAUUUGAAGAUACUUACCUCCGAGCUGAACCCGGUGGCACCGAACCACUUUGGGCAGAGGUACUUCGGGACGGACUAAGGCCAGGGUGUGACCAAUUACGCUGCGUCACUCCUCGCGGGUCGAUGACCGCUUCUAUCCUCAGUCAAGGCAAAGUUACUUUUUUAAGUGUGCAUUAGGCAAUAGCUAGAAGUAAGCAACAUAAAGUGCAGCAAAGUGAAGCCUACAGACAGCGCGCACGUCAUCGCACGGACAAAUGCGU